AUGUUACCAUUCACCGCGGUGAUAGGGGUGGCUAUUGCUGUCCUACUUCUUUCACGCCUUCUCAGAAUUGGACGUCGACCAAAGAAUUACCCCCCGGGUCCCCCAACACUGCCUCUUCUAGGGAACAUUCAUCAAAUGCCCUCUCAAGAUGCUCAUCUUCAAUUCGAAAAGUGGGCACGUGAAUAUGGCCCAAUCUACAGCUUAAUGCUUGGCACCAAGUGUCUGAUUGUGUUGUCCAGUGAUGAGACUGUCAAAGAGCUUUUGGAUAAACGAAGUGGUAUAUAUUCGCAUCGGCCAGAGUUGUAUAUUGGCCAAAUUUUGUGCAGCGGUGACCUUAGAAUGCUAAUGAUGGGUUACGGACCAACUUGGCGUGGGUUUCGCAAAAUGGUGCACGGCUUGCUGAACGUCACGACGUCAAAAAGAUAUCUACCCUACCAAAUGUUGGAGAAUCGGCAAAUGCUGUACCAGUUCCUGACGGAGCCAGAAGGAUUCCUGAAGCACAUUCGACGAUACUCCAAUGCUCUCACAACCACCAUGGUCUUCGGAUGGCGCACGCCUACCUACGAGGACGAGAAAAUGAUGCAAUUGUUCGACGGCUUCUCGGAAUUCGCAGAUCUCAACCAGACCGGAACAGCAGCGAUCAUUGACUUUUUCCCAUGGCUGCGAAAUCUACCCGAAUUCCUUCUCCCAGCACAACGGAAAGCAAAAGAUCUUCACCAAAAGGAGAAAGCGUUGUAUCUGAGCCAUUGGUUGCGAGCAAAGGAAGAGGUUCGCUCGAACACGAUCAAGCCAUGCUUCUGCGCAGGAAUGUACAAGGCGCAGAAAGAAGACGGAUUCAGCGACGAUCAAGCAGCUUAUAUCUCUGGAACCCUCCUGGAAGCCGGCUCAGACACUACAUCAAGCACCUUGUACGCCUUCGUUCAAGCCAUGUUAUUGUUCCCAGAUGUUCAGCGCAAAGCCCAAGAAGAAAUUGAAAGGGUAGUGGGUUCGAGUCGCCUACCCGUCAUGGAUGACCUGCCCGAAUUACAGUACGUCAGGGGCUGCAUGAAAGAAACCGUUCGAUGGAUGCCGACGACCAUUCUCGGGGCCGUUCCACACGCAGUUACACAAGACGACGAGUACAAAGGGUACUUUAUACCAAAGGGCGCUGGCGUGAUGAACAAUGUGUGGAGCAUCCACAUGGACCCGGCCCGUCAUCCCAACCCCCGAGAAUUCAACCCCGAUCGGUACCGAGACGACUUCCAAAGUUUUGGAGACGCAGCGGCAAACCCCGAUCCCUCGAAGCGGGAUGUUUUCACUUUUGGUGCCGGACGUCGCAUAUGUCCCGGCAUCCACGUGGCCGAGCGCAGUCUGUUCCUUGGAAUGUCGCGUAUUCUAUGGGCGUUCAAGAUUGCGCCGGAAAUUGAUGCCGCGGGCAUUCCGAUUUUGCCUGAUCCCGAUCGCUUGACGCAAGGGUUUGUGUGUAUGCCUGAGGAGUUCCCGGCCAAGAUUACACCAAGAUCCAAGGCGAGAGCGGAUUUGGUCAUGAGUGAGUGGAAAGAGGCGGAGAAGGAGUGUCUCGACCCUAAGACGAGACAAUGGAUGCAGUCCCCCGUGGAAGUAUGA